UUAAACAAGAACAUCCCAAAAAUUGUCCAUGUUCUGUGUUAUUGCAUAAGGCCAUAAUUAUGACAGAAAAUAAAGGCUUUGGUGGUUUUUUCGGGUCCAGUGAUCCAGAUCUAAAUAUUCCAGUGAAAGGGACAGCAGCUCUCUCACCUUACAUGAACUUAGAUCCAAGAAUAGUUCAAGAUAAUGAAAAUUACAUUUUAUCUGAGGGAGCUGGAGGUCAUCAGAGAGGCAAGUUUGAAAAAGCAUUCUCUCAGAUAGGUGGAUGUGUAUUUAUAGGUGGGGCACUGGGAGGAGCUAAUGGUGUUAUCUCAGGCAUCAAAACAUCAAAGGGGUACCAAGCCUCUGUUAAAAGAACACACAUGUUAAACGUUAUUAGCAAACAAGGAGCAUCAUCAGCCCAGGCAUUUGGAACUGUUGCGUUUAUGUACAGUGCAAUAGACACAAGUUUAUCAUUAUUGGGAAGUCAUGAUGAAGACUUGAAUACAGUGAUAUCUGGAACAACAACAGGACUUUUAUAUAAAUGUACAGGGGGAUUAAAAGGACUCCGUAAAGGUGGUGCUGUAGGACUUGGACUAUCAUUAUUAUACUGUUUGUCAACUAGUCCGCGGAUAUGGGCAUCCUAUUGAAAACAUUUACAAGUGUUAAGUUCAGGAACAAUGUUUUUACAAAUGAAAGGACUCAUUCUAGAGCAAGCUAUCAAUCAUUCAAUGUACUGGACACCAUUGUUUGGACACCGUUUCGUACAUCAGAAGCUAUAAGUCAAGAGAGUUGCUGUCAUCAAUAUAAUAUAUAGGACCUAAUCUAUGGGGAAAAAAUGACCUAGAUAUUAUUUUGGAAGUGUAAUAUUGCCCAAUGGGUUAAAUGGUGUCUCUUCAUCAUUGUAAAUCAUUUUAGACUGAUGAUCAUGAUGAUGUAGCAAAGUUGUAUUAUUUCUGAUAAAUGCUGAUAAAUUUUAUUGUUUAAUUAUUUUAGAACUUUGAUUUAAGAUUCUAAUAAAAACUGUUAUAGGUAGAACAUUGAUUUUUAAUCUUUCAUAUUGAAGAAAUUCGCUUUGCUUUUGAGUCAUUUAAUGUUAACACAUUUAAGAGUGAACAUGGAGAAUAAAAUGAAUAUGCUGAAUGCUAUUACAUGAAUGGAAGAUGAAUGUUGUUUUAGCAAUAAAAUAAAAUAUGU